AUGUCAUCAACCAAUUCAUUAAUAAUAGGAUGGCGUUUAAAAGGUCGCCACGUACUUAUUAUAGGCGGGAAUCAUAUCAUUGCAAACAGAAUAGAAUUUAUUUUAGACACCGAACCUGAAAAAAUCACCUUGAUCUCUCCCAAGCAAAAGAUCACUUCUAAUAAAAUAACCAACUAUAUUAAUGAUGAUUUGGUUAUAUAUAAAAAUAAAGAGUUUCAUGUAGAUGAUUUGACCACUGAAAAGAUUGAUUUGAUAUUAGUGUCUAUUGAUAAUGAUUUAAAAUUAUCUGAAAAAAUAGCUGCAACUGCUCGUGAACAAAAAAUACCAAUUAAUGUUGCUGAAUUACCACAACUCUGUAAUUUCUGGUUUAUGCCAACAUAUCGUGAUGGAAAUUUACAAGUAGCUAUUUCAACAAAUGGCACUGUGCCUCACGUAGCUCAAAAGCUUAGACAACAUAUAAUUGAAAAUCUACCAAAAAAUAUUUCAAAUGCUAUUGGAAAUGCUGCUUUAUUAAAGCAACUUGUUGGUACAGCAAAUAUAUCAACACUUAGAAAAAUUGCUGAUAAAUUAUCACUUAAUCAACUUGCUCAAUUAUCAGAACCUGAAAUUAAAAAAUUAAUUGGAACGAAUGAGUCCAAUGAUAAUGAUUUGAUUUCAAUUUCAAAAUCAAUUUUAUCAUUGAAAUCAAAAAUAGGCAUUGAAAUUAAUGCUCAUGAAGGUGGUGGAUUGAAACUUGUGAAUGGUAGUACAGCUAUAGAACAUGUAGCUUAUGCUUUAACUAGCUCUAUUUUUAUUUAUCCAGCUACAAGAUCAUACUACCUUGGUGAAUUAAGUUUAUAUUGGUCUUCACAAUCACUCAAUAAUGCAUUUGGAGAAAUUAAUCACGUAAUAAAGGCUGAUACUCGUUUUGGUGCAUCUACCAUGGUUUUUGGUGCUGCAUCAAAUGUCAAAAGAAUUUCAGCAUUUGCAUCAUCUCAAUCUAUCAUCCCUAUGAUACCAAAUUUCUAUGGGAUCGUUGAUGAAAAAAUACCAUUUGUGAUUCACGUAUCAGCAUUAGAUAAUGAUGAUCAGAUGAAUUAUUAUGUGAAUUAUCAUAAUUUGCUGAUUGCACACGAAACUGGAUUUGGUAUAAUUAAUUCAUAUUCAAUUCAAGAAGCCCAUGAUAUUGCAUUGAUAACUCAUUUGGCAUCAGUUUAUUUAAAAACACCUUUUCUACAUGUUUUUGAUGGAUUAAAAGUUUUAAAUGAAUCAACAAAAAUAAAUUUAUUAUCAUACUCAAACAUUCUAAGGUUAAAUAAAGAACUAUCAAAUAUGACAGAGAACUUGAAAUCUUUUGAUGAGAAUAAUGAUGAUGAUAAGGUUAAUAUAAUUGAAAUGAUUGCAAAUAAAGUUAGUAAAAAAUCAGCUAAUCAAAAUAAAUAUCAUGCUUUUGAAUAUUUUGGUUCUGAAGAUGCUGAAAAAAUUUUGAUUGUUCUUGGUAGUGAAAUAAAUGCUGUUAAAAAUUUUGUGUCAAGCAUUGAUGGGUAUAAAUCUGGUGCAGUGGUAGUUAGAUUAUACAGACCUUGGUCAGAAAGAAAAUUCUUGGAAAAAAUUCCAAAAACAGUGAAACAGAUUGGUGUAAUGGAACAGGUCAACAAUCAUGUCAAUGACAAUCCUGCUAGUUAUUAUGGUUUAUUUAAUGAUGUUGUAGCAUCUUUUAAUUCUGGGCUUUGGACUGAUAAUCUACCAGCUUUGGUGAAUGUUAAAUUUUCAUCAUUUGAUACUCUUUCUUCAGAAAAUAUUGGAUUUUUAUUUAAUCAAUUGGGAAAGAAAGAUUUUGUUGAUGUUAAUGAAUUUGUAUCUGAAAAAAUAAACAUUUCCUCAAUUUCAAAGGGUGUAAAUCGAUGUAUAUUUUGGGAUUCUGAGUCACAAGAAACCAUCACAGUUAACAAACACAUAGCCAACAUACUUGCAAAUCAUUCAAAUCUAAAUAUUUCUAAUUUAUCUACAUAUGAUAUCUAUAACAAUGGUGGUGUCAUUAAAUCAGAAUUACAAUUCAGUGCUGAUAGUCCUGUUGAUGGAAUUUAUGCUACUGAAGAAAAUGACAUUGACUACAUUUUCAUAAAUGAUUUUAGCCUAACUAGCAAAUAUAAUAUUUUAAGCUUUAUUAAAAAUGGUGGUGUUGUACUAUUAAAUACAAAGUUUACAGUUGAUGAAUUGGAAACUAAAUUACCUAAUGAUUUUAGAUAUGAGGCUGCUAAACAUAACAUUCAACUUUACCUAAUUGAUUCAGAAAUGAUUAUUCAAGAUUUAGGAUUGAAUUUUGAUGUUGAUUCAAUUAGAUCUCUACCUUUACAGAUUGCAACUAUCAAUUUAAUUAAAAAUGAGUUGAAAUUGGAUUAUAGUUUGGAGAGUUGCAUAGCUGAAUUGUACGAAAUUAGUAAUGGAAGUGAUGAUUGUAAUGAUGAACAUAAAAUUGUAAAUUUGGUUUCUGAAGUAAUUCAAAAAACACAAAAGUCACUUGUAUCCAUUGAAUUACCACCAACAUGGUUGAUUUUAGAAAAAUCUGAUCAAAUAAUGCCAACCACUGUUCAAAAUAACUCACUUGGACCAAAUUUGGAUAAAUCAAUAGUAACUUUAGAAAAAUCAAAGCUAAGUACAUGGCAUUCUAUAGCCUUCAAUCUACUUUUCAAAGAAGCAUAUAAAACUGUUGAGGAAGUUAGACCUGAUAUUUUGGAAAAAACAUAUAUUAUUAAAGUGACUGAAAAUAAAAGGUUGACUCCAUUAGAAUAUGAUCGUUUCCUUUUUCAUAUUGAAUUUGAUAUAUCUGGAACAGGAUUACGAUAUGAACUAGGUGAAGCACUUGGGGUGUAUGGACAUAAUGAUACAUAUGAAGUUAAUCAUUUCUUGGAAUUUUAUAAAUUAAAUCCAAAUGAUUUUAUCUCUGUUCCAAACAAAGAAUGUGACAAAUAUGAGACCAAGACUAUUUUCCAAAUAUUUUCACAAGUUUUGGACAUAUUUGGCAGACCAACAAAAAAAUUUUAUGAAUCAUUAGCCAUGUAUGCUACUGAUGAAGAUGAAAAAAAUAAAUUGUUGUGGAUUUCUAGUAGUGAGGGAAGUAAUGAGUUUAAACGACGUGUUGAAGACACAAUAACAUAUGCAGAACUGUUAUAUGAAUUUACAUCUGCAAGACCACCAGUUGAAGAACUUAUUCAACUUAUUGCACCAAUCAAGCCACGCCAUUAUUCCAUAGCUUCAGCACAAAGUGUGCAUCCCAACAGUGUACAUCUACUGGUUGUGACAGUAGAAUGGGCUAAUUCAGCUGGUAAAAAACGAUAUGGACAAUGUACACGCUAUCUUUCCAGGCUUAAGAUUGGAGAAAGUUUAACUGUUUCAAUAAAACCAUCAGUGAUGAAGCUCCCACCAAGAGAUACACAACCUGUAAUUAUGGCAGGUUUGGGAACUGGUAUGGCACCAUUUAGAGCAUUUAUUGAGGAAAGAGCAUAUCGUCAGUCACAAGGCAUUGAAGUUGGACCAAUGAUUUUAUAUUUUGGUUCACGUCAUCGUUCAAUGGAGUAUCUUUAUGGUGAGGAAUUGGAGGCAUAUCAUGUUGAAGGACUGCUUACACAUUUACGACUGGCUUUUUCACGACUGCUUACACAUUUACGACUGGCUUUUUCACGUGACCAAAAACACAAAAUAUAUAUCCAACACAAAAUGGAGGAAGAUGGAGAUUUAUUGCACCAAUACCUAUUGAAAGAUGAAGGAUGGUUUUAUUUGUGUGGACCUACAUGGCCAGUGUCAGAUGUUAAAGAUGCUAUUGUAAGUAGCUUUGUUAAAUCAGGAGGAUUGACACUAGGAGAAGCAACCAACUGGGUAAACAAAUUAAAAGAUUUAGAAAGAUACAUUUUAGAAGUAUAUUAA